GCGCUUUCAGACAGAGAACAGGCGCGGAGCGGCGGGGCCGUGGGGCCGCGCUGUGCACCAGACAGCACCACACGGCAGACCUGUGACACUACAGACGACACACAGGCCACUGGCUGACACUCGCGAGCUGGCAGGAGCGUCUGACGGGCGUCCCCAGGAGCGCGCCUGGCCGGCGCUCCCGUCACCAUGAUCGUCAGCGCUCCCAGCGAGACAGAGCCGGCCGCAGCGGCCGCCGGCAGCCCGGCGCCGGGCGGCUCGGCCGGCCGCCGCGACAGCGAGGAACCGGCGCCCCUGAGCGCUCCGCGCACCAAGGGGCUGCUCAGCUGCUCCUCGUGCGACCUGGAGCUGCUGCACGGAGAGCACACGCCACGGCUGCUGCCCGGCUGUCUGCACACAGUGUGUGGCAGCUGCGCCGGCAAUCUCAGCAGCAACCCUGACGGGUUCCAGUGCCGCCUGUGUAUGACCAAGUCAGCCGAGGUGCUCGAUCAUCCCCUGGUGGAAGAGCUGCUGCAACGGGAGCACGUGCAACAGUGCAGCCGGCUGUGCGGCCAGUGCGGAGAGCGGGGCCGAGAGGCGAUCGCUGCCGGCGCAUGUGCAGAAUGUUGCACAGAGCUCUGUCAGGAUUGUAUUGAGGCACAUAAUCAAACAAAGCUCACGUGGGACCACUCAAUAACGGCCUACAAUGACGACUCGGCGCACCAGCGAUGUCCUGAACACCGCAAAGCGUACGACAACUACUGUGAUACAUGUCAAACGGUGGGCUGUGGCGACUGCAUCCUCUCCUCUCACCGAUCUCACAAGUCGUCCACUCUCGAACACAAGCAGGCAGAGGUCAAGGCGCAGCUCACCAAUCGCCUCGAUCGCACCAGGAAGCAGCGGAAACAGCUCGACGAGCAGCGAACGCAGCUUCGACAGCGCAUUGGAGAGGCGAAAGCGGCGAAGGAGUCAAGUGUCAAUGACAUCAUCGCAGCCCAUGAUGCCUACCAGGAGAGGCUGCGGUCGUUCUUCACCGAGCAGCUGCGGCUGACGCAGGUCCACUACGACAACUACACCAGCGAGCUGGACAUGCGGCUCACCAAGACGGAGCUGGUGGACCUGCGGCUGGCGCACCUGGACAGCUUCACCGAGCACCUGAUGGAAAAGGCGCGGCCCUCCACCGUCAUCGGAAACGUCAGGCAUGUGUUGGAUCUAUCCAAGCGGUUACAUAGAGUGAACCUCGCACCCGAAAAGGAUCGAAAACUCCCAGAUGUGCGCAUGAAACGCUUCCUUGGCAUGGAUAGUAUCAACGACAUGAUGGGUUACCUGCUCUACGACGGUGAACGCUGCCUCCAGGAGAGCAAGAGGAACGAGCUGUGCAACGCCGUCGGCAAGAUCAUGCUGUUCUUCUCCAAGAAACACUUUCACAAGAACACCGACUUCGGCGUGCAGCUGCUGGAUGAUUUGUUCAGCGCCCUGAACGAGGUGCCUGCGGGUGGCCUGAGACCGGACAUGUACGACUGUGUAUGGCGGGCUUAUAGCACCCUGAAGGCUAAGCACGGCUACUCGGCGCAGGUAGCGCGACGCCAGCAGACACCCGCGCCCGCCGGCCCCACCCCUAGUCCUGCGCCCGGCGCCCAUCAGCCGCCUCCCUACGGGUCCGGCAUGGCGCAGCAGGUGCCGUACCAGGGUCAGAUGGCGCAGCAGCAGCACUACUCGCAGCAGUAUCCUCAGCAGGAGAUGCAGUUCCAGCAGCAGAACAUGCAGCAGCCGGCUUACGCGGCCCCAGAUGGGAUGGGCGGCUACGAGAACCACAGUACUCUGAUGGAUCAGUUGCGGAUGAGAGUGGAAUCCGACCCGAACUGGUUGUCAUCUGUCCUCCCCCAGCAGCCAAUUCUGCAGCAACAGCAGCAGCAGCAGCAGCAACAACAACAACAACAUCACGCACAGCACCAGCAACAGCAAUACAUCCACCAUCCGCAACAGCAGCAGCAGCAACAGCUUCCCCGGCAUCAUCGGCAGGAUCAGUCUCAGUACAACCAGCAACAGCAGUACGUCCAACAACAGCAGCAGCAGCAGCAGCAGCAGCAGCAGCAUCAUCAUCGUCUCCGCCCCCCGCAGCAGCUAUCGCCGCACCAGCCGCUCGGACAGCUGGCGAAUAUGGUCAGACGCUCCUCCCAGCAGACGCCGCCUCUGCAACAGCAGCAGCAGCCUCAGCGGUCGCCGGCCGCGGCAUCCGUCCCCCAGACCUCCCCGGCACAGCGACCGCCCUCGUCCGGGCCAGCACCGCCCCGGGUGACACCCAUCCAACAGAAUAACCCUACACUGUCCUCGCUGAUCGACGACGUGACUGUGGUGACCCCGCCCCGUGACCUGACAGGUCCGGGCGUCACCCCCGCCCCCUCCCCGGCGGCUGCGGCCCCUCCCCAGCCGUCGCCCCGGGCGCCCGCUGCGUCUCCAGGGCUGCAGCGGUCGCCUGCACCGUCAGAGCCGCGGCCGACUACUGGUGUGGACCCAGCGCCGGGGGUGGGGCCGGGUCACCGCUCGCCUCCACGGCCGACGCCCGAGUUCUCGCUGCAGCAGCACCUGAAGGUGCCGCUCGGAAGGAAGCGGACACUUCCAGAGGAGGACCAGCACGGACAGAGCUCGCCGGCGGCGGAAGGACAACAACCAGCGACAGCACACCAGUCGUCUGAGGCACCGUCCAAGUCCCGGCGGGCCUCUGGUGACCUCAGCCGCUCCGGACGCGGCCACCAGGCGUCUGACACCGCCGCUCCAGAGAUCAUCGACUGUGACGAGCCGGUAUCGGAGACGGCAGACAACAGCGGGCUCUCCUCACUGGUGAUCACGGAGACCUUCUCUCUGGAGACCGGUGACGGACUGGUGGUAGACGAUGCACCCGCUGAUGGCGGCAGUUCACACCAGAAGCAGCUGGAUAGAACGCUGGAUGCCUUUCACCGUCGGCGUCAGUUUAACCGGAGGCUCUCAGUCACUCGAGCUACUGGGCUCUCCUCGGAGACUAAUGAUGAGAAUUCUGCCGGGCAGACUCCAGCGCCAUCUGCAAACUCGGAGGUAUCUGCGGAUACCGAAGAAAAUCGACACACGACCAAUGCUCAGUCAAGCAAUCCAGAUACGUCAAAAUCAGCUCGUCCGGUGAUAUCCAAAGAGAUGGACGGGCCAGCCAAGAAUGAAGAGCACCGACCUGCCCCUUCCAGGCCCGCGCCCCCGAUGGUUGUCAUCCACGGGGGACCUACGAGUGCGUCGGCGACCAGCCCUCUCCACCCGCGGUCUCUCCACUCGCCGAUCGAGUCGCAGAGCGAGGUCGGCGGUAGGACUCGGGAUAAACACGGCGAGAAGCGCAGGAUCGAUUCGGGAAACGGCGAGCCUGAGAAGAAGAGGUAUCGCAGUGGCGAGAGGCUCGGAGACCGGGAGCUGACGGGCGGUGAGACCCACCGGCGGCAGCAGCAUCAGCCGAGACAGACAGCAGCGGCGGGCCGGGAGCAGAGGCCGGCGCCGUCCCAGAAGGAGAAUCAGAGGGUGCCCAAAGUGGGCCUCAGUGAGUGGGAGAAGACCCCGUCGGCUGGGAAACUGCUACCAAGUCCGCCCGACCGCACUGAACCAUCCGCCACAGAUCCACCGGUCGGCCGAGGCUCUCAGCGUGGCCGUGGCCGCGGUCGAGGUCGGGGUCGGGGCCGGGGUCGCGGUGGCGGUCGGGAUGGAUCCAGCCUCCCAGUGGACCUGAUGCCACAGCGGCCGACGGACACCCCGCCGAACCGGUUCAUGUUGAACCGACCGUCGGGCGGUCAGCCGGCCGGCGGUGUUCCCGCUCCUCGCCGCCCCCAGCAGCCCGAGUCGGCUGUGCCCCGACCUCCCGUUACGACCCGGGUCCGUCCUGCUAACCCCACCUGGAACCACCAUACGAGCGCCGGCAAACCGCGCGGUCGGGGCCGCGGCCAGGCCCGCAGCGAGGCCGUGGAGCCCGACUACAUCGCCUGGACGGCGUCACCGGAGCCGGAGCCGGCGGCGGACGAGGCGGCCGAACCGCCGCCGGUGAGUGUCACCAGCUCGCCGAUGACGUCACCGAUGGCGUCACCGAGCCGCCCGUCGAUGGCGUCACCGUCGCACCAACCGAUUACGUCACCGACAGGUGAAGAGCAACCGAUCGCUGAGGAGAGUGAGGCCGGUAGCGAAGAUCAUGAGCCGGUACCAGCCAAACCAGACUCUCCCGCUCUCACCACUGAACAGCUGAUUUUGCGCAACUGCGCGCCCAAGGAGCACUCGAGCCGCGCUAGCUCCACCGAGGAGCGCUCCUCGACCGAGUACGACCUCAUCGAUAUCGUGCUCUGCGUCGAGGAACCCGAGGAGGAGGACACGCGCGCCUCGCCCGUGCGCUCGGCUACCUCCAGCCCGCUCUUCAGCGGUGCCACUGACACCCUCGCGUCAGUCGCAGCCGGCAAGGAUGGACAGGGUAUGGAGGGUGGUCGGGGCACAGGAGAGGUCCCGGAGGUUACUACUGCUACUGCGGCUAAACCGACCUGUGAUGCGGCGAAAUCAGCCUGUGAUACAGCGAAAUCGGUGCCUUCUGCGGCGAAGCCAACGUCAUGUGAUGCGACAAAACCAGCGUUUGUAGCGUCCAGUGCGAAAGAAGCAUCCUGUGAUACGGCGGCGAGGUCGACUGGUGAUGCGGCAAAACCGGCCGGCGAUACGGCGAACUCAUUUGGUGAUGCGGCAAAAUCGGCGCCGUCUGAUGCAAAGUCAACGUCUUCUACAACGAAGCCAGCGUCACCGGUGAAGGCUGCGACAAAGUCAGCACCCGCUGUGGAAAAACCGUCCUGCGAUACGGCGCAGUCAUCGGAUGAUGCGACAAAAUCGGCGCCUGCUGCGGAAAAGUCAACGCCACCUGCGACGAAACCAGCUUCAUCGUUGGAAAGAGCGACAAAGCCGGCGCCCGUUGUGGAAAAACCGGCCUGUGCUCCGCCGAAAACAGAUGGUGAUACAUCAGAGUCGGCGCCGUCUGCGACGAAGCCAGCUUCACCGGUGACUGCUGCGACAAAGCCAGCUCCCGCUGUGGAAAAACCGUCCUGCGAUACGGCGAAGUCAUCUGAUGAUACGACAAAAUCGGCGCCGUCUGCGACAAAAUCAGCGCCACCUGCGACAAAACCAGCUUCACCGGUGAAAACUACAACAAAGCCAGCUCCCACUGUGGAAAAACCGUCCGGUGAUGCGGCGAAACCAGCUGGUGAUUCCUCGGAAUCGGUGCCAUCUGCGGUAAAGUCAACACCUUCUGCGACGAAACCAGCUUCACCGGUGAAAACUACGACAAAGCCAGCGUCUGCUCCUGAAAUACCGGCAUCUGAUGCUGGAAAACCAGCCCACGAUGCAGGAAAGUCGCCAAAUGCUGCGUCAAAACCACAGACGACUGUGACAAAACCGGUAUGUGAAACGACGUCAUCUAAUCCUGCACGACCGGCUUCCCCUCCAACGAAGCAAGUGCCUGCCGAGGCGGCGGCUGGCAAUGCGCCUGCUGUACCGGCCCCAACGGUCUCCGAGGAAGGCGAGCCAGAAAAGGUCAGAAGUUCACCUCAAAAGCAGGACACGAUUCGGUCUACUCCCGAAAAGGCAGCAGGGAGCACCCCGGCUCAUCAAGCGGUGAAGAACACUACUGCUACACAGCAAGCUGCAGUCGCCGCCACAGCGGUAGAACAAAGCAAGCAGAUUGAUAAGGAGACAAGUGUUACCAGUGGUACCAAAGAAGCCGGCGGAUCUUCACCGGUUGUCGAGAAGGCAAAGGCGACUCAGAAGACUACGGACCAAGCUACUACGGGUACUAAGAGAGCGGGUGAGGACAUAUCGCCCGUGGCAAAGAAGACGGAUACAGGGAAAGUCGCAGCUGUUUCUAAGGACACUGAAACAGUAAAGAAGACACCCACUGUCGCCCAGAGUGCUGAUACUGAGAGGGCUUCCGCUGCUGGCAGGGUAGCUGAUGCAGAGAAAGCCUCAACUGCUCAUAAAAAGGCGGAGGCAGAGAAGGCCAAGGAUGGUGAAAAGAACGCACGGUCUGAGAAGACCGCUAGCAGCUCGGGAGACGUUACGAAGGAGAAGGAAAAGUCCUCGACGAAUUCCAAGGGAGUAGAAACAAAGUCGACCCCGACAGCUUCAAACAAAGUACAAGCUGAGAAGGCAUCUGCGGUCACCAAGAAGUCAGACUCUGAAAAGGCUGUGACUCAUGCACCGAAGAGUGCUGAGACGAAGAAGACCUCCACGGCACCAGAGGCGGUAUGCAGGGAGAAGACCAGCUCUAGUGGGAAGUCUGCUUCUGAGAAGUCCGAGGGUACACAUUCACAUCAUAGGAAGUCAGAAAAGAGUCCCACUCAUGCUAGGAAGCACGAGUCUGAGAAAACCAAAUCCACCGAGAAGCAGGUAGACAAAGAGCCAUCUGUACGGAAGGAUUCAGGCAAACAUCAGAACGUCACGAAAUCUAGCAAGGACAAAGGGGAAAGCCAUAAGCCUUCUGAGGCUAAGGAUAAGGAAAGAAAACAUUCGGGAAGUUCGAGAAAACAGGACCAUAUCACAGAAAGUGCCAAGGAGGUAGACCACCCAAAGACAGUCUCCAAGGAAAUUCGAGUGACGAACAACGCUCCAAAACACACCGACCAAUCAAAACAGUCCUCGACGACUCCCGCGACCAAACCUGCGUGUCCCACUCGACCGCCGCCGUCAGCCACACCACCUCCUGCAGCGGCCAAUGGACGGGACACUACUUCCUCUUCCAAUAAACCUAGUGCCGCAUCGGAGCCGCCAUCGAAGUCGUCACUGCCGACACCUCCUCCGGCUCAGACACCUCCUCCUGCGCAGACUCCGCCACCUCCGUCGACGACGCCACAGCCUGCGGACGGAGUGUCUGGCUCUCCAAAGCGCGCUAGCGGCCAUCUUGCCGUGGAGUUUUGCGUGCUCUGCUGGUCGGACAGCGGGCAGCUGGUGACCUGUGGUCCGUGCGGCCGGGCCUUCCAUCGUGCCUGCUACAUCGGAAAGCUGCCAGGCGAUCUGAGCGACCAGUGGCAGUGCUCGCUGUGCGUCCCUGCGCCGGUCCUGCCGUCGCCUCUCGCCGCCGGCUCCAGCUCCGGGCUGGGGGAUCAGGAGGCGGCCGUGGCACGGCGUCUCCUCGCCGAGCUUUUCACGGCAUUCUACCCAUCCAUCCACUUCCAGUGUCUGGAGAGUAUGGCGUUGAAAAAGAGUCAACGGAGUUACACACGUGCGUGGCUAAAGAUCAUCUCGACCGAAGUGAAGCCUCUGAUUGAAAAGGGCCUCACCAGGCAGAAUGCCUACCAUGCCGGCGUCCUUCAUGUCUGCCAGCGGUACAAGAGGAUGCCACAGUUCCGUGGCAUCGCGCGUCCGCCAGCCCUCGACAAAAUCAGGGAGCGCCUGCUCUCGAAUGGGUUCAGCAGCUUCCCAGAGUUUAUCUCCGCGCUAAGGAAGCUGAUCGCCCAAAACCCGAGCUUACAGAAAGAGCCGCCUGUACACAAGCAUUUGAGGCGACUGGAGAAUGUAUUUGAAGACAAUCUUCAGAAGCUGAUCCCAGACUGGCGCGCCAUCCUGGACAAGCAGACGGUGGCCUGAGUAACUCGGGGGUCCACUCGGAGCCCGGAUGUCAUCGGUGCCUUCCUCUCAGUGUCUUCCUCUGCUGCAGCGGCUCCACAAAAUACUUCUGCCGUCUCCUCGUCUCGGUGGCUUCAGUAGCGGCGGCCGAUACUUGGUAGCAGCUUCCAGGAAUGUCUCUUACUUUUCAACCGGAGCUUCCGUCGUCUUGCUAAGCGGACGGAACUUAACACUACCUGUCGUAAGGAACAACCUUUGCUCUUCCAAACUGAUGAGAAACUGACGCCUCUGAAAUCGGUGAUCUGAUCAGGAUCUGAACGGGCAUGAACAACGUACGAAGAUGAGGAACUCGAAGCCACAACCGCACACAAACCCCACCGAGCAGUCGGGUCCAGUCGUGCUGGCUGUACUGCAGGUGCUACUCCCGGUGGCAGCAUCGCCCACCGCUGUUCUGUCGCAAACUGCGAGUUAUAUUGUGUUGAAAAUAACAGACGUGAUAGUCAGGAGCGCCCAGUCGUGGCUUGAUCCGAGCGCCGUUCCGACCAACCCCGCGGCAGCAGCAGUGUCUGUAGGUCUCACACAAACAGCUCUUCUGAAAGGCGACGGAACUGCCGUCCAGAGAAGCUGAGCUGAAUGGAACAUUGAGCACCCCACUGCUGCUGGCGGAGGGUCGGACGGCCUCGGCAGCCGACUGAUCGAGAUGUGCACAAAGCCAGGAACAAUGUGAGGGUAUUUCUGUUGUUAUAAUGCUCAGCGCUGGUGCUGUGAUUGGGCCGCUGCUGGCUGCCGUUUUGUACCGUGCUUUUGCUACUGGUGUUCGUGCUGAAGUGUCAGUGUCGCGGAGAAAUGUCAAUCGCGUACUGUAGUGUAUUUAUUUCAUGUGCCAUGAUGUCGGAAGACGCGCUGGGUGGUUACCUAGUCGGCAAUAAGCUCUUGCCGUGUAGGCUGCGGUCGUAGUGACUUACCCAGCCUUGUCGAGAUAUUACCGCUAUGUUGAGGUGCUCAAGGGCGUGCAAAGACCGCUCCCCACUGGCUGCAGACAGAGACGGGUCCGCUGUUGGCAGCGAUUGCUGCACGUGCCACCAAUUUUCACACAUGCCUCAUUGCCGGCACAUCAGCAGACGUGCCGGUUCAAAUUUCGAGCGAACGCUCAGCCUUGCACGGUAAACGGUGUUGGUUUACUAGUCAGCCGUUCGGUGGUGCCGUGACCCCGACUCGAUGAUCAUGCGCCAGUGCCAGGAAGUCGGUUCUUGCACAGCCGCUGUGAUAUUAGCCAAGGACAUGAUUUGCGUUGUAGUUGUCGUUUUUUACUUGCGAUUGUGUGUGUUGAUCGUGUAGUGGCAUUUUGUGUGUGCUCUGCGAUUGUUGCUCGAUGGAAGGCCCCGGUGCACAAAAGUUGGGCCGAUUGUGCUGGUGAUCGCUGACAAUGCCGAAAUCUCGAGAGAACCUUUUUCAUGACGAGGGCCAUUCAGUUGAUGCAUUUUGCAUCUCUGAAAUACAUUGGUGCCCCGA